UCCGCCGGGACGAGCUCUCAUGCGAUCGAAAGUCCGACGGGAGCAUGACAGCUCUCCUCCCAUAUAAAGUGUCACACAAGACGAACCUGAGCUGUGCAGACACCAAGCAAGCACGAUGAGCUUCAAGGUCGGCAUCAUUAUCUGCUCGAUUCGCGAGCCGCGAGUCGGUCCACAGGUUGCCCAGUGGCUUAAGGGCAAGCUUGAGGGACAGGCCACCAGUGGCUUUGGUCUGCACCUCCUCGACCUCAAGCAAUACCCACUGCCUCUCAGCUACCCCGAGGGUGGUCUUCCCGCGCACAAGACAAUGACGGACGGAGAUGAUUACCGAUGUCCCGAAACCAACGUCUGGUCCAAAGAGGUGCGCAAGUACGACGGCUUCGUCUUCGUAUCUCCCCAGUACAAUUGGGGCUACCCGGCCUCGAUCAAGAAUGCCCUUGAUCAACUCUUCCUGGAAUGGACCGGAAAGCCAGGCAUGGUCGUCACAUACGGAGGUCGCGGAGGCGGGAAAGCCGGCGAGCAGCUCAUUGAGGUCUUAAAGGGACUUCGCAUGCAGGCUUCCGAAGAUCGCAUCGAGCUCAACAUCAGUCCCCCGCAGACAGCUCUUGGCCCUGCGGACGACGCCACGAUAGCAAAGUGGGAAGAGAAAGAAGAGGACGUCAAAAAGGCCUGGGGUGCUUUCACAGCGCUCUUUGGCAGCAAGUAAGGGUUCUGCACAGACACAUAUCACAAUGACGCCCUAUUGCGAUACGUGCCCGCGUCAGGCUCUGUGACUCUGCGAAGGCACAUGGAAAUUGCCGUGCUUUGUCAGAAAUUGCAAAGGAGGGAAAGCAUGCCUGUUGAACUUUGUCAGGAAAGGCACCAGAUUUCGAUCUCGGGUGGUCGUAGGGUACGGGAAAGCAGGGACGCGUUUGGCGUCCAAAAAAUUUACGCCCAUUUCCUGUACCUUUUUCAGCAAAAGACCUCGCGGUCGUCUCUCUCCAGGGAGACACUCGCAUCGUCCCUGGUAGUUAAAGCAACAAAAUCCCUGAGCACUUGAGCGCUGCUGUGUCGUUGCCUACUAAAGCAUGUGCACCUUGCUCGACCACGCUGCUCUGCUCUAAUGCAAAGGCUGAGAAUAUCGCCC